UCAUGUUUUCCUUUUAGGAUAUUGUUUUGCCUCAUUAAUUAAUUAAUCAUUACAUAUAAGUUAGCAGCUCGAUUCUUAGACCUGUGCCAGUUUCCUAUACCUACCAUUGAGCAAUAAUAUAUCUAUACUUUUCUUUACAAUUUACGUUGUGAAACUGCGGGACGUAUUGGAGAGAAAAUUUAAUCAAGUAUUGAAAGUCCCAGAAGUAUUACAAGAAUGCAAUGCCCACGUACUUUUCUAAUAAAGUUGCGUUCAUAUCGAUCCAUUGCGCGCGCCGGAUUCUCCCUUAUCUCAUUCCUUAGAACCAUUACAAAUAACGUCAGCUGGUCAAAGAAAAUCUAUGUAUUGAAAAUUUCUAUCUCCCAAAUACAAACGUCAGAAUUGUGGAGUUUUUUGUAACCGUGAAGCUUUGAAUAAUUUAUUAAGCUGUUAGUGUUUAAAGGAUAUUUCGUUUCUUGCAACCAAAAUGCCUGGGGCAAGGCAUAAAAUCCUAGGACAUGUCCUCUCAGGAUUUUGCCACAAAAUGAAUAGACGUAAACCUAUUUAUGGAGAUUCCCUGGACACACCGUUGAAUAGAUGUCUCACGACAUUUGAUAUUACGCUAUUAGGUAUAGGACAUAUGGUCGGUGCUGGGAUAUAUGUUUUGACAGGCACAGUAGCUCGGCAUAUGGCUGGUCCAGCCACGGCAUUGAGUUUUCUCUUAGCAGGAAUAACCUCCACUCUUGCAGCUUUAUGUUAUGCUGAAUUUGGUACUAGAAUACCUAGAGCUGGUAGCGCUUAUGCCUAUACGUAUGUUAGCAUUGGUGAAUUCUGGGCAUUUAUAAUCGGUUGGAACAUUGUGCUUGAAUAUAUGAUUGGUGCUGCAUCAGUAGCCAGGGCGUGGUCAGGCUAUCUUGAUGCUAUGUUAGACGGAGCAAUCAGCAAUGCCACUAUAUCAGUUACUGGUGAACUCCACGAAACUUUACUAAGUCGAUAUCCAGAUGUGUUGGCUUUUCUUAUUUGUAUUAUAGCGUCACUUAUCCUAGCAGUUGGUGUUAAAACUUCAGCUUACAUUAACAAUGGCCUAACAAUUCUCAAUCUUCUGGUAAUAUCUCUCGUAAUAUUCCUUGGUUUUUACUAUGCUGAUAUUAGUAAUUGGUCCUCUAAGCACGGCGGUUUCAUGCCUUAUGGUUUGAGUGGAGUUUUAACUGGAGCUGCUACUUGUUUCUAUGCGUUUGUUGGAUUUGAUAGCAUAUCAGCUUCAAGCGAAGAAGCUAAAGAUCCAUCCAGAUCUAUCCCAACUGCGACAAUUUUGUCUAUGGCUGUUGUUGGAAUAGGAUACAUUCUAGUGGCCAUUUCUUUGACAUUAAUGGUCCCGUAUAAUACAAUUAAUCCGGAAGCUGCAUUACCUGCAGCCUUAGGUGCCGUUCACGCAGAUUGGGCUAAGUAUGCGGUGGCUGUCGGAGCAGUAUGUGGAAUGACCACUACGCUACUAGGCUCUCUGUUCUCCCUUCCCCGCUGUCUAUAUGCGAUGUCGGCUGAUGGUUUGUUAUUCGGAUUUCUCAGUGACAUUAAUAACAAAUCACAAAUACCAAUUUCCAAUCUUAUUAUAUCUGGAUUUUCUUCAGCACUGAUUGCUUUAUUGUUCGACCUUGAAAAAUUAGUGGAGUUUAUGUCUAUUGGCACAUUGUUGGCCUAUACUAUUGUAAGCGCAGCCGUCAUUAUCUUACGCUAUCGACCAGCUCCUCCUGCUGAGGACAAAGACUUUGGAAUACCACAAUUGGAAUCACCUGGAGAUCGGGAAGAUAGUUCAGCAACGGGAACACCAGGAACAGAUGCAGGAUCAUCUUCCUCGGAGAUGUUUGAAGCUUUGACCGUGGGGCGUUUACGACCACAAUAUGCUUGGUUAGAGCCCCUUGUUGGAGGCAGAGCGCCCGGUAGUGCGGUCACCAGUUGCGUCUACGUGUUUGCGUUAGCCGCUGCAGCUCUGAGCGCCCACAAUCUACUCACUAAGCCUACUAUUCUUUGGAUGAUUGUACCAGACGUCGUGCUAAGCUUAGUUAUUAUCGGAUGUCUAUUUAUUAUCUGGGCCCACCAGCAGAGCCCGAUGCGGCUUCCGUUCCGAGUCCCUUACGUGCCGCUGUUGCCAGCUGCUAGCGUUAUGCUGAAUAUAGAGCUGAUGAUCAACCUCAAUGCUCUCACUUGGGCUAGAUUUGCCAUUUGGAUGACUUUUGGCCUCUUACUGUACUUCCUCUACGGCAUCCACCACAGCAAGCUCGGAGAAGGUGUGGCUGGUCUGCUCUCCCGUUCCAAUAGCAACUCCCACGCGGGCUGGGGUGCUGUCGACAAGACCAGUACCCUUGCACGUAGGGUGGGACGUCUUGGUCGCGGAAGUAGGAGCGAUGAUCGCAAACCUAUUAUAUGCGAUGACGAAUUGGCUAGGAGAGAUCCGUGAUUUUAGUGACCAAUCCGAACAUUCAUACACCAGGCCUAUGAGUUCUAUGGUAAAGCAGCUUCACCGGUGCAUUGUUUUUCGAUGCGUAUGUAGGCGUAAUAUAAUUGUUACUCUAUCAAUUACUAAAAGCCAAUUAUAAUCAAACACCAAUUGUUUUACCGAUAAAUUGAUAUUGAUUUGUUAAUGUAUAAACUAGAAUGACUUAAACUUACCCGAUAUUUCAAAGCAGUGAGUUUAUCAUACGAUGAUAAUUUCUUAACACAUCAAAAACACGUGUUCACGUUUGGUAUUACAUACACAUAUGCUUAGUCGUUUCGCUUUUGCUAUUUGUAGUAAAGUAUGUCCAUCAGAUUAUUAGCAUAUACAAAUACAGAAACAUACUCAAGAUAUAGCACAAAGAAAAACCUCAUCGCACAUUUUUAUACAUGACAUUUUCACUAACAAAUCCUUUAACAUGUUGUGAAUAGGAUUUUCCAAUUAUAUUAAUAUAACGUGUAUAGAAUGGGUUGUAGGAGAAUUUCAGGAAAACGCUUUUACAAUACCUUAACAAAUGGGAUUGUAACGGGACAGCGUGAAUGAGGAAUAGAUUAUAGAAUUUAUUGUCUUUGUCUAGAGUGCCAUCUUCCUUACACAAACUAACUACCAUUACAGAGCGGUUAAAUUAUACGAUACUAAAACUGUGUUUAUAUAUUAACUAUUUUCGCCCAUGUUUUUUAUCUUUUUGAUAGAAUGUAUAACUUUUAUUCAAACGUUAUAAGUGUUGGUGUAUGAGCUUCAUGCGCUUUAUAUUGUUCCUAUAUUAUUUUCUAUUCAUAUUGAAACUUCUCCGCAGUGAAAACAAAUAUUUAAGGAUUCUUUUUUUAUUUAGUCUCUGUUAUAAUUCGUUAAAAUGUUUAAAAGUAAAAUUGUCACAGAUGUCAUAUUUCAAAGAAUUUAUUAUAGCACAAUAAUUUACACAUAGUUGCUUCGUCAUAAUAUACAUAUUAUUAAUUGUACUCACAAGUUAUCAAAUCGUUAUGUUUAUUAUAGUCUAUGUCUUAUAAAAACCUACAGAUAUCAAUAUAAUAUUAAAUACAAUAUAAACAAUACACAUUUAAAAGACAAUACAAAUAUAACUAACCAAAUAGAUGCUACAUGUACUUAGUAUUUAUAAAAACGUGUGUAGUUACAAAGAAAUCUUUUUUUAGGAAUUUUUGUUUUAGGAAUGUUCACUGAAACAAUUCAAUUAUAAAUAAAUGUUGUUGUAUAGUCUUAUGAUAAUGAAUACGGUAAGAUGUUGAUGUGUAAAUAAACAAAUUGUAAUCGUGGC